AUGGAAAGGACUCUAGAAGAAGCAGUCUAUGUCAACAGCCCUUCUCCUUGCUCCGAUAUCUCGACCCAAACAGACGACACUUAUUUUACAGGAUGGUCAGACGAUUCAAGACAACCUCUCGACAAAAUACAAAAACCAAUUCCAAUCCGCAAACCUACCAAGACGGCCAACCCAAAGGUUCACCAGUGUCUAUUUUGCUCGAAAACAUUCACGCGCAAAUAUGAUCUAUCUCGCCAUGUCCGUACCCACACCGGAGACAAACCUUAUGAAUGUCCUCAUUGUCGGAAAGCUUUCUUUCGGACCGAUGGACGCACCCGACAUUUCCAGAUUGAAGUGUCUUGCCGUAAUAGCCCCGAGGUAUUUGCUCUUCGAAGAGAGUGA